UAACCAUCGCACGCUUAAGUCGCGAUUUAGUUGGUGCUGAGAAGAAAAUAUCAUUUUUUUUCCAACUCCUGCUUCAAGGAGCACAUAUAUAUAUCUAUUUUUUUUUUUUAUGUAAAUCUAGUUGUAAAUCAAAGAUACAAAAUGAAAUUAUUUUUAUGUGCCAUUGCUGUGAUGCUUUGUGUGGCGGCGACAAUCGCCGCUGUCGACUUUGACUGCCCCAAACCCAAUGGCCAAUUCGCCGAUGAAGAGCAAUGCGACAAAUAUUAUGAGUGCUCGGACGGUGUGCCCAAGGCAAAACUCUGCCCCGAUGGCCUUGUCUUCGAUCCACUGAAUCGCAAGAUCAACAAAUGCGAUCAGCCCUUCAAUGUGGACUGCGAGGAUCGCACGCUCUUGCAGGAGCCCAAGUCCACUAAGUAUUGUCCGCGCAAAAAUGGUUUCUUUGCCCAUCCGGAGCCGCAUAUUUGCAACAUCUUUUACAAUUGCAUUGAGGGCGAUGCUUUGGAAAUGAAGUGUACCGUUGGCCUGCACUUCGACGAGUAUUCCGGCACCUGCGUGUGGCCGGAUACGGCCAAGCGUGAGGGUUGCGCCGAUCCAGAGAAAAAAACUGAGAGCGGCUUCUCGUGCCCCAAGGAUCAGCCCAAAAUGGAUGCGCGCGGCCAGGUUGUCAGCCAUCCGAAAUAUCCCCAUCCCACCGAUUGCCAAAAGUUCUAUGUCUGCCUGAACGGCGAGGAUCCCAGAGACUUGGGCUGCCAGCUGGGCGAGGUCUACAACGACGUGACUGAGAUGUGCGAUGCGCCCGAAAAUGUGCCCGGCUGCGAGGACUGGUACAAGGAUACCAGCGACGAUGAUGACGGCACCAACAAGAAGCCCUCGUCCAGGAGCUGAGCUUCAUCCCAUCCGCUGAUAUCAUAAAAAAAAUACAAGAAAACACAACAACAACAAACAAAAUAUCAUAUACGCCCAUUCUUGCGCGCGUCUAAGGCACACACACACACACACACACACAUAUUAAGUUAGACUUGGACGGACUGACAGGACGGCGGAAGGACGCGCGUGUUAGUCAGUUAAACUAAAAGUCGUUGCUAGCCUCCUUGUGAAGCGUUAUUUUCAACUAGUUACUUUUGACUCGCUACUCGUUACUCUUGACUAGGUACUCGUUACUCUUAUCUAGCUUACUCUCUCGACUCGCUAUUUGUGACUUUUGACAGGUUACUCGUUACUCUCUUUACCUUACUCGUUACAUUCGAUAAGCUACUCGUUACUUUCGACUCCCUACUUGACUUUUAACUCGCUAUCUGUUCUUAUUUUCCCUACGCACACUUUCUUUCUCGUUUUCUCUUUCAUUUACUGUAUUUCCUCUUUCUAUACUCUUUAACUGAUCUAUCGUUGUGUAUAUAUUUCCUCUUUGUUUAAACACAAAAAGAAAAAAAGAAUUACAAAAAACAAGAAUAAUAAAAAAUAAUAAACUUUUUCUAUACACUAUCUGCACUUUUUUACAUUCUUUUCUACAACCUUUUUUUCUAUAUUCUCAACUAUCGUAUAUUUUUAUCAAAUACACACUAUAAUUAUUUCUUUCUUAGCUUUCAGCUGCUUAAUUUCGGAUUUCAUUUCACUAAUGUUUUAUUUCUAGUUACUCUAUUUUCAUCUUUGAUCUUGAAUCCUUCAUCUCAUUAAUUCCGUCAUUGAUCUUCAAUUAUUUCUUGGUCUUUGAUCUUUGCUCUUUCAUCUUUGAUUUUUCCUUCAUCUGAGGCUGAACUUUCUAUAUACAUUUUCUAAUAUUUCACUUUCUAUCUUUCACGAUCUUCCUUUCUUCAUAACCUAUACUUACAUUUCUUUAUUCUACUAAGCGUAUCCUUACUAAAAGAUCAAGAUCCUGAGUUUAUUUGCAUAUAAGCUUCUUGAAGUCUUCCUGAAUAUUCAUGAUAUAAUUAUAUAUAAUAUUAUUUAAAAUUAUUUAUAUAUAAAAAUCUUCUGCAUUUUCUCUUUAUGCGAUCUAUUUUUAACUAUUCACUUAUUUUUCCUCUUUUUCUCUCUCUCUCUCUCACUGCCGCUCUCUCUAUUAUUUCUAUUUCCUUGUCUCGAUCUAUUGCUACUCACUUUGACAUCUGUCUUCUUUCUCAAUGUUUCUCUAUAUGUACUUAUUUUUCUGAAAAAGAGAGAGAUUUUCUCUAAUUUCUCCCUGUCUCUCUCUCUCUCCUUUUAUU